UAUGCAUCUUAACGUACAUAGCUAACAUCACUUUACUCAAACAUUCAUAACUUUUGUUUCUUCAUAGAACCUACACAAACCGCCAGUCUUAAUUGCCAUCUGAAGGACUAUUUUACCACCUGAAGGAAUGAUCUUGGUGGCAACCCUGCAGUUCUAACAGGUGCUGAUGAGCUGCAGUCAAUGAUUGUAAUGAGCUAUCGAUCACCGUGGGAAAACAGAGGGACAGAGAGGGGUGAGCGAGGUGGGAGAAACAAGAGGACCAACAGAGAGACAACAAGAAUUGAAAAAAAAAACAGCUAAAAGCUCCCCCAGAUAGAAUAUCAAUACUUGCUUCAAACAAGCCCACAUAUCCUUUUGUUGUAUUUGAAAAGGGAAGUUAUCGGACAGUGUUUCCUAUACAAGGCAGCUGAGGGGCACUCAAGAGCAGUUUCUGUGCUUGCUGAUUUAAAGAUGACCAUGCAGACACGCUUGUCAUGACCGACUCCAGAUGCCAGCGAAUGGCACUGACGCAGUAUCUCUAUUUUCCUCUUCUUUUUUAUGUGUAUGCGGUGUGCAAGGAGUGGAAGGCAGACAGCUUUAGGGGAGGGGGAAGUGCGUUUUCCCUGUCUCUGUGUGCGCGUGUGUGUGUUGGCUGGCGUUUCAGAUAAUGAAAUGCAGCAGGGAACAAAGAGCUGGGGGCCCCUAUUCUCUGUGCUGCAGCUUCAUUUUCACUCCUGUCAGUCUAUGAUUCUUCCAUAGCUUCUUUCUUGUGUACAUGUAACUGUGUGCGUGUGUGUGUGUUUAUAUUAUAUGAGCUGCUUGUGUUGUGUGCAAGUGUGUCCCCCAACCCUCCUCUUCCUGUUAGCAUUCUGCAUGGCAGAUUCCCCUAAUGUAAUAACUGUGUCUGCAUGUCUAAUUUACAGCAGGAGAGAGUAAAUAGCCUGUGGUUAAUUACAGUACGUGUGUGAGAGUGUGUGUGUGUAUACGUGUGUGUCGACAUGCGCGUGGGUGUGUCAGGAUGAUUUAUGAGUUGCAAAUAGCUACACCACUGCCCCGUUUCUCCUCACUUAGUUUUUAAUCUGUCUUUCCAUUAAUUUUCCUGGAGAUGUUAUUAUGGUUUUAUAACGGUGUGCAGGAGGAUGCACUUGUGAAUGCGGGCAUUUGUUAAUGAGACAGAGGUGAGGCCAUUCCGCAUGUAUCCAGCCUUACCUGGGGUUGCACUUCUUACAUUUAGUCUCCUUCCUCCCGUUUGCCUUUUCUUCUUCUCUGGUGUUUCAUUCACUCUUUUCAUUGAGAGUCGCAACGAACACAGAUCUUUAUUGACAGUACAUAGUGGAACAUGGAAACAGCAGGUCAAUCCGUUUAGCCCAAGGGCCGAUACACCAAUUCACCAAUUUGUCAGUGUUAGUUUGAGGGAGAAAAGCAGCUAAUCUCUCCUCUCUGCUCUCUAUUGAUCACACACUUAGACUCCACUUCUCUGUCUAAACACUAUUGAUUCCCCCUCUCUCUCAAUCUCUUUCCCUUCUUCCUCUCUUUCUGGAUUGCCUUCCUCACAUACCAAAGCACUUGUCACUGCUCUUCAUGUAGUAGUUACAAAGUAAUACUGUAAGCCCCCGGUGUUGAAGUCUGAGUAACGUUUUGGAUAUUGUUUGUCUUAUCUGUGCAGUUUUUUUUUUUUUUUUUUUUGCAAUUUGGUCCAUCAGAGUCACAAAGCAGCAUCCCCUGCUGCGUAUGUUCCAAAUUUGCACGUUGUCUCAUUAGAAAAAUCAAUUACUUAGCGACCCUUAAACAGCAGGGAAUGCAGACCAUGAUUAAAAAUUCACUGCUGGGUACACAGUCUCCUAGCUUUGUAUUUAUUUAUUUUUUUUUUACUUGCUCAGUGGGUGCAUAUUGAAAAAGGAACAGAUUUGUGUCAAGAUGAAAGCUUUGUAAAACUAUAAAAGAAAAAUCAGUUGACCUCACAGCACCUUAGUCUUCAUCAGCUCUGUGUUUGAUUUUGUUUUGGUCUCUCAAGCCUGCAGAUUAACGUGCAGCCUAAUUUGUAUUGAAAUUAUUAUACUUUAGGUAAAGCGUUGAAGCACAAAGGAAGCCUCAGAUAUGCUGCAGGCAUUGAUAUUUCUAAAGCACGAAUCAAUCUAAGGGGAUACCAUCUAUCUAAUUAAUGAAAUGUAAACAAGGAGUCCCAUCUGUUACUCACAUGGUUCAAGCAGUUUCACUCGUCUAUUUUCCUUUGCUUUUCGUUAAGCUUUUGCCCCCCCUACUGGUGAGGUUGAAUCAUUACAGUUGUUAUAAAACAGGCAACACAUGGCUUUUGUAACUACUGUCAGCUGGCGUUUGGUAACCGGCUGUGGUGCCUGGGAACGUAAUGUUUGCUUCCUCUGCUUAUUUUAGUUUACUUUAAAUAAUAAAUCGGCAUCACAUUUUACAGCCAGGAUGCCUCCUACAGUGGCCGGUGAUCAAGCUGUGGUCAGGCAGAUGUUGAGGGAGGUGCUAGUGGGUCGAGAAGAUCCGGAGUGUUUCUUCGCGAUGUGUCUGUCCGUCCUGGGAAACCAAGAGACCCGCUCAGAGUUCCUGUCCAUCAUCAAGCCGCUGUCCACAGCUAAUAUCCGGCUGCACUCAGUCCUCAGAUCCCUCUAUCAGGACUAUUUCACUAAGACUGAGGAUGAUGAGCUGGAAAUUGCUUUGGCUCUGUCUCUUCUGGAAAUGAAAGAAAACCAAAUGUCCGCUCCUAACCAACUGGUUCUUCAGGCUGGAAACGAUCAAAGCAGUUUACCUCUGAGUUCCAAACCAACGUCUCAGGAAAAAAGCUUUUCCAAACAAGAAGAUGUACCUGGCAGAGAAAAAAGUGAAUUUACAGAGCAGUCAAGAUCAAAGACUAAGGAAACCUUCCUUGACAUUGAAAAUGAUAAAAGUCUGAGUUUUAAAAGUGGUGACAACCAAUCACUAGGGUCAAGUCAGCCUCCAUAUAUUCCAGGAUCCUCUGCCUCAUUUACCAUUCCAACCACAGCAUCCAAAAGUGACCAAAUGAUAAGGGGAGAUGGGAAUGUAUCAGAGAAACCAAAGCGCCCUAAAAGUAGGCGCCAGCGGCGAAAAGCAGCUGCCCAGCAGGUUGUAGGUUUGAUCCGUUCUCCAUCAGCACCACCACCUGUUUUACUCUGGUUCAGGAGAGAUCUUAGACUCUGUGACAACCCUGCUCUCAUCGGCUCUCUGGAGGUGGGUGCACCUGUCAUCCCUAUCUUUAUUUGGAGUCCUGAAGAGGAGGAGGGUCCAGGGGUCACUGUAGCUAUGGGCGGAGCUUGUAAAUAUUGGCUUCAUCAAGCUCUGUCUUGCUUCAGAGCAUCUUUGGAGCAGAUCGGCAGUCACCUCGUCUUCUUUAAGGCCAGUAAUGAUGUAACUGAGGUCGGAUCUUCUCUGAAUACCCUAAAAACAUUAGUAAAGGAGACCGGAGCACAAAGUGUGAUGGCUAAUGCUUUAUACGAACCGUGGCUGAAAGAGAGGGAUGAUGCAGUCUCGUCAGCCCUGCAGAAAGAGGGCGUUGAAUUUAAGAUGUUCCACUCGUACUGCCUCAGAGAUCCAUUUUCUGUCAGCACAGAGGGCGUCGGACUCAGAGGAAUAGGAUCAGUUUCUCAUUUUAUGAGCUGCUGCAGACAGAACCCAGGGGCUGCUGUAGGCGUUCCUCUGGACCCACCGGUGUCUCUUCCCUCACCUGCCCAUUGGCCACAAGGAGUCCCUUUGGAUGCACUCGGCCUGGCACGCAUGCCACGCAGGAAGGAUGGCACAAUCGUUGACUGGGCAGCAAACAUUCGGAAGUCCUGGGACUUCAGUGAAGAUGGAGCACACGCCCGACUGGAAGCUUUUCUUCAUGAUGGGGUUUAUCGGUAUGAAAAAGAGUCAGGCAGAGCAGAUGCUCCGAAUACCAGCUCCCUGUCUCCCUACCUGCACUUCGGUCAGCUCAGCCCACGCUGGCUUCUGUGGGAUGCCAAGGGAGCGCGGUGUCGACCUCCCAAGUUCCAACGCAAGCUGGCAUGGAGGGAUUUGGCUUAUUGGCAACUGACACUGUUUCCUGACCUGCCCUGGGAAUCCCUCAGACCUCCAUACAAGGCUUUACGCUGGAACACUGAUCGCAGCCACCUGAAGGCUUGGCAGAAAGGUAACACCGGCUACCCGCUGGUUGAUGCAGCCAUGAGGCAGCUGUGGCUGACAGGCUGGAUGAACAACUACAUGCGACAUGUUGUGGCAUCUUUUCUCAUUGCAUAUCUCCAUUUGCCUUGGCAAGAGGGCUAUCGUUGGUUCCAGGACACAUUGGUCGACGCAGACGUUGCUAUAGAUGCCAUGAUGUGGCAGAAUGGCGGUAUGUGCGGCCUAGAUCACUGGAACUUUGUCAUGCAUCCGGUUGAUGCAGCGAUGACUUGUGACCCAUACGGCAGCUAUGUCAGGAAAUGGUGUCCCGAGCUUUCAGAUUUACCAGAUGAGCUGAUUCACAAACCCUGGAAAUGCCCUGCAUCCAUGCUGCGACGAGCCGGUGUGGUGUUCGGCCAGACGUAUCCUGAACGGAUAGUAAUCGAUUUGGAGGAGCGAAGGACCAAAUCCCUACAAGAUGUAGCUCUGGUACGCAAGCAGUUUCAGCAAUAUGUCGACAAGCGCUCGGGCUGUGAUCUGGUGCCUUUGCCCAAACGUCUAGUGUCUGAGGCUCUGGGUUUGUCCCACCGGGACGGUGCUGUGGUCACAGAAGGGAAACAAUUCCUACUGCCUGUCAUCACCCGCAUGGAGUUCAAACACCAGCUGGAAGACCCGGACGCAGACGCAGCAUCAAACCCCUACAAUGCAGUCCUAAAAGGAUACGUGAGCCGCAAGAGAGACGAGACCAUCGCUUUCCUUAAUGAGAGAGACUUUACGGCCAGUGUGAUGUACGAGGGAGCUCAGAGACGGGAGAGGCUAGAGAGGGAUCAUCGUAGAUUGGAGGGUCUCCCUCCGCCCCCUUCAGCCAGAGGAAAGGCCAGGAGGACUCCAACAGCCAAGGACAGAUUCUCCGUGGUGCCUGGUGGUGCCAUAGUUUCAAAGAACUGAAUGAGAAAUCAGCAGGAUUGUAACAUGUUGAUAUUAUUUAAGUUAAAGUUUGAUUUGGUUUUCUGAUAUUUUUUUUCUCUCAAAAGUGUACCUUACAGUACUGUCACUAACACUAAGAUGCUGGUUGAACUUACAGUAUGUCUUUUUAUGCUGCUACAAGAUUUUGAAAUGAAAGUGCCUUUUAAAAAGUAUUCCUUAAACUAUUUUUGUGUUUUUUUCUGUUUUAAUCACAAAGUUCAGUUUACUUUAUUGGGAAUUUCUGAGAAGCAUCAGAACAAAGAAGUUCACAACAAUGAGGAGGUGGAAAUUAUGCAUAGUUAGAAAUUUCUCCAGGAAUAAAUAUUUGAAAUAUUGGCAAUUUUAUUAUCCAUCUAACUCAAAACUGUUUUCCUGUAGGACUGGCUUAUGUUUGGAUCAGUUACUUCCCCCUUAUUUUUCAUUCUGAUAACUGUAUAUGUAGUAUCAGUUUUCAAACAGGCUCUAAACUUGCGCCUAUUAUCCAGGAAGUUUAGUUUUGGUCACAUAAAGUUCUUCCACCUGUUGAGUCUACUUCCUUCUGUUUUCUGUUCACAAUUUGUCUAUAAAGGCCAUAUUUUUAAGUGUUUCCCACCCGAGUUAAGGAUUGCUAAUGCUCCUACAAAGUCAGCAUAGGUCCCUUUGCUGCCAUCCCUCCCUGGCCAGUCACUCCAGGUGGAUGCUCAUGUCUUAAAGGUUUUAAACCUUAUCUUCAACUAUAGGCUGAUUUGUUUCUUGGUCAUCUUGGUUUUCUAACAAACCUCUGGGACUUUUACAAACAUUUGCCAUUAAGAUUAAAUUUACACCCAAGUGGAAUCUGUUUACCCACAGCUGGACUGUUAAAGGAAACCUGUUGCACUGAAUAUCUGCUGUCGCUACAUGCUCAACCAGCAGGAGCAAACCCUGCAAAGUGACUCGAUGUAUUCAGCAGGGCUGGGUUGAGUUGUCUCUGUAAGGUAACUUGACAUUAAAUGUUAACAAUGUGUGAUAAAUAAAUAAGCAGAAUUUAAAAACAUAGUAAGGGUGUUAGAACAAAAAAAGAUUGAGCACCAACUUAACAGACUAUUGGAACUUUUAUUCAUAACA